UAUAUGUACUCCGACUUCUUCGGCACGCCACCAAACCAAACCAGCCAACGCAGCCUAAGAAUAACGCCGUUAGAUAAAUAUAAAACGACGCUUCACUUAUUCCUCACAGUCACUCAUACAGGAGAGGAGUUCAUUUAAAUACUGUGUUCGUGAGCCAUUUAAGUGAAACAAGCAUCGUUAAACGUUCAAGUAAGUUAAGUUUUCAUACAAAAACUUUGAGUAAUCUUUGUACAUACAUAUUUAUAAAUGAACUAAAGUAGAGUGCAGUGGCUUUAACGCAGUGGAAAGAGAAAAGUACAUUUUGUGUUGUUGAACUUUGUUACGUAAUAAAUACGUGGAUCUCUUAAAAAUGGGUCUAAUAACUAAAUUCCGUGCUCGUGUAAAGUCUUCGAAAAUUAGUGCAAAAUCCAGUAGUGCUAGGCUGACUUAUCAGCAAGAACAAUUAUUUGGGCUGCAUAUCUCCCAAAGUGGGUUGAUCAUGUCAGAAUUGGGAAAGACGCCAUCGCCCCAUGGCAUCUAUUAUAACUUGAUGGGCUGUCCCAGAGGGAAAAAGUCGUACUACAAUUAUGACUGCAAUUUUCAGAAAAAUCCGGAAACUCUCGUAAUGCUUCUCUUACUUCCACUAAUGUUGGGGAGGAUUGGACUCUUGUAUGCGUGCAUUAUUUACCAGUACCCUUUACACAUGAUGUUCGACUUGGCAAAAAAGUGGUUGCUUAAAGGAUUCUCACACAUGAAAACCAUCAGCUCCAAAAUAUAUACGAGUUUGGACAAGUGUGAAAUCUCAUUUGUGGGCAUGAAUAUCUACACAAUGGUCAAUCAGAUGGUUUUCUUCAUGGUGUGUGAUCGUGCCGUGGGGCUCCAAAAUCGGGAAAAGAUUACCAGCCUGUACUCCUUACUGUUCUACAAUGUUUUGGCAUACUGCUUCUCCUAUGUUAAGGAGGUUAUUGAGAAGGAAAACUGGGAUCUGAGCGUGAAUCUAACUCCUUCCAGUCAAGUCCGCCAUUUGGCCAUGUCGACGACCAAAAUAGUCCUCGAGUGGAUCAAAGCAGUCACAUUCAUCGUAACCGUGGUGUGCAUGCUCCUUGUUCUCGGUCUGGAGCAAGGUUUGGACCACUACUGUCCUACCCGAUUCUACAUCCUGAUCACUCUGACUUAUUACAUUCUCACGGAAAAGCUGAUUCAAGACUCGUUGCCAAAUUUACUCGUGUUCGUUCCCAGCAAGCGAUUCCAAGAUGAAAUCUGCGGCCUUGAGAAGCCUGCCUCCACGCUGCUUAUCAAAAGUCUGACCACCCUUCUGAACGCUUCCAUGUUGUUGGUUCCUCUGUCGGACGCAUUGCAAAAAGGGAUGCUCCUCCCGCUUUCCAUCAACUCCAUCAAGAUCUUCCUGGUGACUUUGUACUUCAAUGUGUGGCUCCAGUACAAAUCUUCGCUCGUGAUUAAAUCUCAUUUGGAAGAGGAACUCGCACUAGUUUCCAGUUUCAGGGUGGCGUCUCCUGAAGAGUUGGAGAGUCAUGAUGACGUUUGUGCGAUUUGUUUGACCCCCCUCGACUACGCGAGAAGUACGCCGUGCCAUCACUUUUUCCACGUCAAUUGUCUCAGGCUUUGUUUAAAGGCGGCGAGCAACUUGUGUCCCAUUUGUAAACGAGAGUUUCGCUUUCACUAAAACUAAACAAACUUUAUUGCUUAUUGGGGACUCGACGAAAUCAGACUGCUCUGUUCUUACUGCUGCUAUUUACUAAAACUACACUUAUUUAUUGUUAAUAUUAGUUCAAAAGAAAGUUUUCGCACACUUUCGCCGAGUCCGUCGCCGCCUUAAUUAAUUGUCCGCAUAGACAAUCAUGUUGCUAUCUCUGCAUUCUCUUACCAUAGUAUUAAUUAUUUUCGAGAGAAAUUCGCAUAUUUGCGUAUUUUCUUGUUGUAUUUCACACACAAACAUUGCACACACUAUGUAAAACUGUUCCUAAAAAAAGUAAAUGAAACUGAAUUGGAAGUCAAUAUACACGAAUAUGUAAACAUUGAAAUUGGAAGUUGAUAGUGAAAGUAGCAGUAUUUUAUGUUUUGUAUCUUUCGUAUUGUUUCCGGAAGUAGAUAUGUUGCGUCGUAAUACAACUGCUUUUGUGUAUGUAGUAUUUACGUCGUAUUGUGAAUAGUAAAAAUAAAUCAAUAUUAUGUAAUCGUAAAUAACA